UAUUUAUUUAUUGAAAUAUGAAUAUUUCGUACAAUAUGGAAUAUCUAACCCAAAGCCACCAGGUUUCCUAUAUAUAGAGUGGACGAGUAGCAGUCGUCCCACUUCUACUUCAGAGUCUCAGCUUAAGGCUUCAAUCAAGAUCGAUAUUUCCAGACUGUGUGAAGAAAUGGCAACUUCAGCACUGAACCCAAACGCGCCGAUAUUCGUGCCGUCGGCGUACCUUGCGGUGGAGGAUUUCUCCGACGAGUGGUGGGACCUCGUCCAGUCCUCCCCAUGGUUCCGCGACUACUGGCUGCGAGAGUGCUUCUCCGAUUUCACCGGCGACGAUGUCGUCACGGACAAAGCCAUCACCGAAGCCGUCGCCAAAGGGAAAGGGGGGAAUAUGGAUUUGGUGGCGCUGGGGUGGUUGAAGUGGAGGAAGCCGCGCCGAGGGGCGGAGAUGCCGAGGUUCUGCGAGAAGGCGCCGAAGAUUGUGAGCAUGAGGGUGAACCCUAGACCGAUCCAGCAGCCGCGCUAGAGUGAGUCGGGAUUAGGACUCAGUUUCGAGUUUCUGUUUUCUGUACAAUUUCUUUCAACUCUGUAAAGAACGACUUCACCUUUAGUUUCUGACUCGCGAUGAUGUUAGCACGUUUUUCUGUUUAUACUCUGAGUAAUAAAAGUUGUGCUCUUCUAGAAAUGACAAACCCCUUAUUGGCAAAAA